UGUAAAAACAAAGUGUUAAUAAAGUAAAUGAAAUAUAUUUAGGUAGUAUAAUACAUGAAAGUGAUAUUUAAGGUAUUUAAAUUAUUGAUAAAAUGUGCGAAAUGGAAUCUGUAAUUAAAAGACCAUAGUUUACAUUUUCGAGAUAGUGUGACUUCCAUUUCUGAAAUAUGACGACGCGUGGAUAUGACAUCUCCACAAGUCUAACAAAUUGGCGGCAGGCAAAUACAGCGUCUGGACUCCUGGAGCAACUCUGUAUGAGCGGGACGCUUGCAGAUGUCUAUUUCGUAUUUCCGAGUCGCGAGGGACAGCAGGAUUCACUUCCUGCACACAAAUUUGUGCUUGCCAUGCGAAGUCCUGUGUUCGAAAACAAGUUUUUCGGACCGGAUUCGGAAAAGCAAGAAUCUGAAAUCAUCAUAAGAGAUGUACGGGCAACGACUUUUAGAAUAUUACUAAGGUACAUUUACACCGAUUGUAUCGAAUUCGACGGCAAUACGGUUCUGCACGUGCUUUACGCAGCGAAAAAAUACGAUUUGGAGAAUUUAGUCCUGGAAUGUGAGCACUUUUUACAAUCUGCUGUGGAUGUGAACAAUGCUUGUUCAAUGUAUAACCAGGCUACAUUUUACGAAAUGGAUAUCUUACAGGCUAAGGCUCUUGAGUUUAUUUGUAUGAAUGCAAAUGAUGUUUUCGAUACAGAUGACUUUUUAAAGCUCACACCCCUGUCUUUACUUGCGAUACUGAAAGCAGGCAAUCUUGGUGUUGAAGAGGAACUGGAUGUCUUUAAAGCGGCUGUGAGAUGGGCCUCCCAUCACUGUGAGAAAAAGGGGUUCGACCCUAACCCAAAGAACCAGAGAGCGUGGCUUGGUGAGGCAUUAUACAAAAUCCGCAUGCCUAUAAUUCCGGUUCAGGAUUUCACGACGAAUGUUGUUCCAUCCGGGCUACUAUCGCAAGAAGAAAAAGUAGAAUUAUAUAUGCACAUGACGUCACAUCGGAACUCGGACGCAGACGAAGAUACUGUAGAGCAUGUCGGGAAAUUUGACGCUCAACAUCGUCCUGGAAGUGUGUUUGAACUAAAAUUGCCUGUAUCUGGCACAGACAAUAUCAAAAAAUGUUUGACGGCUGCGUGUCAGAUUCUUUUAGUCGCAGACAAACCGCUACGGCUUAGAAAAGUAAGUUUAUUUUAUAGCGCACAACAAUAUGAACAAAAUAUUGUAGUAACUGUAACAAAUAUGAAAGACAAAUCGUUUGUGAGACCAAGACUGGAGCCUGUGCCGCCAAAAGGGCCAAUAUCAUUUGCAGAAGGUGUAUACCUCGCAGCCAAUACCCAGUACAACAUUGCCGUGGCGUGUAUGAUAUACAGAGGUGAUGUGAAGGCACUGGAGUUCACGGACACACAACGCGGUGUUCUUUUAAACAUCAGUAGUGUUUUCAACUCUAUUUCCUCCAUUCAUUUGUCACGAGUUCACUCUUCCUAAAAUGCCUUUUUCCAAAGCAGCCAUUGUGAAGAAAGUCAGUUUGGAGACCAAUUAUUAUAUAUUAUUAAGUCACAUAUACUAACUCUACAACUCUAGGGAAACGAAUGCUUUUGGGAGGCAAGGGUAGUGUAUAGAAUUCAGUUUUGUAACAUAAAUUCUUGGGAAUUAUUGUUAAAAUUAUAUUUAGAAUCUAUUGUCAUUUUUAUUGGUCUUAAGUUCUUAACACAGUCACAUGACAGUGAAUUACAUAGUCACUUACAAAACUCCGUUAGGUUAGAAUGAAACCUGAAACGUCAAUAUUUUUCCUUUGACGUUCAAUUUCAUAUCGGUUGUAUGAUAUCAUUGUGACGUCAUUUCAUGCGUGUCGUCGCGUUUAAAAUUCACUGCUGAUGACUUUCUCGUCAGGCUUAUCCUUUAUGUGUCUUUUGGGAUUAAAAGUAGCAAUAUUUGAUCAAGUCUGCCCACCAAGCGCACGAGUUGUUAUAGGGACAUACAAAAUGAAUACAUGUCAUUGUGACGUCAUUUCAUGCGUGUCGUCGCGUUUAAAAUUUCUUUAAUUAACGAGGACACUUUUAAUUUUACCAAGGUUAAAGAACAAAUUUAAAUAAUUAACAUAAUAUUGUAGUAGUAUAUGCAUAUAAAAAGAUUAUGACAUUUGCAUCAAGAAAUAUGCACUCGUUCUUUCGCGGAAUAAUAUUGCGCUUCUUAAGUCGCGUAUUUAUAAAUUUUUUGCAGAACUUUCCACAGGUAACCGGCGACUUGUUGGAUUUAAUUGUAAAACAACUGUUGCCUGUAAUUUUGAUUAAUAUGGGGAUCUCGGGCUACUCCCUCGGUCAUAUCACUUUUCCUAAGUCGAUGUUACAUCUAGU